AUGGACGCAAUCGAAAAUGCAAAUGCAAAUGAGGUAAAGCAUAUUUUAUCUUUAACAAAUAGACCAUUUCAAGAGGCGAAAAUUAGCGGCAAAGUGGCUUUUAUACCACCACCAAUUGUAAGCAAUAUGCAAAGUAUGCCUUGUUUCCAUUCGGAAACUCCUACCAUCUGCCCACUGAAUACCUCACCUCUGAAGGUACUUCAAACUGUUUUUGGGCACAAAGAAUUCCGGCCUGGUCAGGAAGAAGCUAUUUCACACCUACUGUCUGGAAAAGAUACACUUAUUAUUAUUCCAACAGGAGGUGGUAAAACUGUAACUUAUGUUUUGCCAUGUAUUAUGACCCCUGGUAUAGCCAUUGUUGUUUCACCACUCAUCAUGCUAAUGUACGGCCAAGUUACAAGAUUGCAAGGUUAUGGCGUAAAUACAUGCUACUUUAACACUUUGCUUAGUGAAAAUGAAAGACAACAUAUUUUACAUAACUUGAAAGAACCAAAUUGCCAAUACCACUUUGUAUAUGUUAGUCCAGAAGCAGUUGUGACUGAACAAUUUCAGAGUUCGUUAGCAAAGCUCAAUAAUGAAAAGAAUUUGAGCUUCUUUAUAAUUGAUGAAGCUCAUUGCAUUGACACUUGGGGGAAAGAAUUUAGGCCAGCAUAUCAAAAACUGGGAGUUUUAAGACAAUACAAUGUCCCAUUGGCAGCUCUUACAGGCACAGCAACAACCGAGACCCUAAAUACCAUUAAAGCUACCCUUCAGAUGACAGAUCCACAAACUGUUAAAAUGCCAAGUCGAAGAGAUAACCUGAUAUAUUCAGUCAUUGAGAAAAAAGAAAACAAAGCAAAGCAGCAAAUUGCUGAAAUAAUCGAAGGGAAUCAUGCUAAUGAGUGUGGUUUGGUUUACUGUGCUACUCAAGCUGAUACUGUUGAAAUGGCGUUUGUAUUGAAAGAACAAGCUAUUUCUGCUACAUUCUAUCAUGCAGGCAUAGAGAGUGGAGAACGAAUGCGAAAUGCAUCCUUGUGGUUAGAAGGUGCUGCAAAAGUCAUGUGCUGCACAAAUGCAUUUGGAAUGGGGAUAGACAAGAGCAAUGUAAGGUUUGUAAUACACCUUACAUUUCCUUCAUCAUUGGAAGGCUAUGCCCAACAGUCAGGUAGAGGAGGUCGGGAUGGAGGAAAUUGCUCUUGCAUUCUCAUGUUCAGGUUUGGAGAUAGGAUGUUUCACCUUCAAAACAUAUCACAAAUUGCAUCAGAUCAAGUGAGAGAAAACAAGCUUUCACUCUUGAAUGCAAUGACACAUUUUUGUAUGGAUGCAGCAGUCUGCCGAGCAAGAAACAUAGCCAAAUACUUUGAAGAAGAUCAAGGCAAUUCAUGUACAUUAUGUGACGUGUGCCAGAAGGGGAUUGUUCAUGAAUCAAAGGAUUACACUGAAGAAGCUAUGAAUAUGAUGCAUUGUUUGACCAACUUGACUGCCCUCAGGUCCAAAAUUAAAGUUACUGACCUUGUUUUAACAUAUAUGGGCUCAAAAGCAAAGGCCAUUAUUAGUUCUGGUUUUGACAGAGUUCCACAAUAUGGGAAAGGUAAAAUUAAUUUUAAAACUGCAUCGGUCUUAACACAAUUUGUACAGCUGUUGAUUUUUAGAGGAUAUUUAAAGGAAAACGUGCGGGAAAUGGAAGAAAGAGUUUCGUUAACUUAUUUGACAUUAGGAAAUGUUACAGAUUUACUUAAUGGUAAUGUAGGGUGUUUUUCUGAACUAUAUUUAAAAUGUACAUAUCAGAAAGGUUAA